GAGGGCCUGGAAGUUCACUUCGUAGAAAAUUACGAUCAAGUAUUUAACAUCACAUUUAAUUACCAAAAGGAGGCCCCUCAAGACGGGGCCCCCAAGGGGCCCCCGCAGGAGGCCCUUCAAGAGGGGGCCCCCCAGGGGCCCCCACAAGAGGAGGCCCUUCAAGAGGGUCCCCCUCAAGAGGGGGCCCCUCAGGAGGGGGCCCCUCAGGAGGGGGCCCCUCAGGAGGGGGCCCCCCAAGAGGGGGACCCACAAGAGGGGACCCCACAAGAGGGGGCCCCCCAAGAGGGGGCCUCCCGGGGGGCCCCCUAA